AUGUCCGGGUCAAUCGUUCGAGCUAUCAAUUGGGAUCUCGGCUACGAGCAACGAUUCCUAGCCAUCAAUCCUCUCCGAGACGAAGUCUCGCUCUACCAAACACACCACGAAAACCCGCCCGUCGAGUCCAACUCCAUCUCGAAAACCCAUUCCUACAAAAACAUCGAGCAGAUCCAAUGUCUCUCGUAUCUGCGACCCCAUGUAGGGUGGACUGGUGUAGGAACAAUGGAUGGUAUAGUGCAUGUCUUUGACGUAACGAAGCCAGCUUCUCCUACGUUGAGGCUUCGCACAAAACACAAUAGGCCCUGUAAUUCUUUGAGUUUCAAUGACGGCUCGCUUGUGGCUGCCAGCUUCGAUAAGUCUCGGCAAGACAACUCGUUGCAGAUCUGGGACUUGGUUAAACACACUAGUAUAUUUUCCACCUCGACAGAGGUCAACGAGUCCGUAGUCGCGCGCCCGAGUCAUGGGUAUCUCUCCAACGAGGCCACUCUCUCCACUGUAUUUAAUCUAGGCGAUCCGUCCGGCACUCUCCUCAUGGCAGGCAGUUAUAAGCUAUUGAGAGAGUUUGAUUUGCGUGAUUCUUCGCCAACACCGAUCUAUCAAGUGGCCACGAAAUGCACGCUGCGCAUCACACUCGAUCCGUUGCAGCCUCAUAUAUUCAGUUCUGUUGGAGAUGACGGUACGCUUUCUAUCUGGGACCGACGUAAGCUCUUAGACACCGCGAGAGGACCGGUUGCGUCCGAAUUGCCAGUUCUUCAGUUCAAUAAGCUUCUCAAUGAUGGCUUGAGACGCGGAAAUUCUUUGUGCUUUAGAUUCUCUACAAUUCGCCGCGGUGAGUUCUCUGCUAUAUUCAACGGUAACUUGAUUCGUAGAUGGAAUACCGGAUGCGUGCCAAUAGCGAAGGACUUAUCACCGCCUACAUUUACUGAUAGCCUGAGUGUUUUAUCUGGACUCAAGCAGCAAAGCGCACAACUAUACGAUCCUCAUGAAGAGCUGUUCUUUGUUGCCAUGGUUUUGGAUUGCAAGACAGAUUUACCUAAUGUGACCUCUUUUGACUAUUCACCAGACACUUCUUCCCACACAUCGACAAACUUUGUUUGCAUGCGUGAGAAAGGGCUGGUCUUUCGUAUGCCAGUCGUGGAAAGUGUGGAGGCGAUUGAUUUCAAUUCGUACAAUGAAUUUUCCACAGCCGGUCCAGAGGGAAGUUACACAAAGUUUGCUGAAGAUCAGAGUCUUACAACUGAUAAUGUGAAGCAGAGCGCACCCAUCCAAGGUGCUCACUUGCAGAGUCAUGAGGCAAGAGGUGUAGACUCCGAAGAAGUGACAUCAACUCUUGGAGAUGAAGAGAGUACAGGACCCAUUAAUCACUCCAACACUCAUUUGCCAAAUGACUCUUUCAGCGAGCACGAGAAAAACAUUAAGAAGUUUCACGAAGAAAGCAAUUCUUACUAUCCCUUGAGAAGCACUGUUGGCUUAACUGAUGUCAUGCGUACUGAUAUCUGUUAUGUGAUGAGGCAACGAGCUCUUUGUGGCUAUUCAGUGGAUUGCGAGGCAAACUUUCGUAUAUUGGAACAAACCCAGGGGCCUGGUGCAUCCUUGUCGCUACAAAAUACCUGGAGAUGGAUCAGUUUGGCUAAAAAGUCUCUUGAGAAAGGGACGAUGUUGUGCAAAGGAGUAGACCUAGGCUAUGUCGGCGUUUUAGCAAUGUGGAAAGGCGUGGAAGAAUUGGCUGGCCAAGAUCGUGCCUUCAUCACUGAUGACAAAGAACAAAUUAAACCAACAGGCUCCUCGGUUACGAAGCAGAUGUUCUCAAAUGCAGUGCGGUCGAUGAUUGCCAAUAAGGAGAAGAAAUCUGCUGGUAUCAGCGUCUUCAAAUCCAGUGAACACAAACUACAAAGAAAAUUGAGUUUGAUCGUCAGUGGAUGGUACCUCACGGAAGAUGAAUUUGAUUCGAAACUCAAUGACCUCGUAAGCAUGGGACAGAUUGAAAAGGCAGCUGGUUGGGCUGUUUUCCAUGCCAAUGUCCCAAGAGCUAUAGAGAUCUUGUCGCAAGCCAAGAAUGAGCGACUUCGAUUGAUGUCAACAGCUAUUGCAGGUUAUGAGGCGUUCAAAGGAUCUACUACUAAUCUGCCAUGGAACGAUUUAUGCAGAAAACUCUCUCUUGAGCUUGAGAACCCUUAUCUCAGGGCCAUUUUCGCUUUCAUUUCAGACAACGAUUGGUGGGACGUUCUAGAUGAACAUGCAUUACCACUAAGGGAACGCCUAGGUAUCGCUGCUCGAUUUUUAGCAGAUAAAGACUUGAAUGUUUACCUCAACAGAAUAGCCGUGAAUGUCGUCAAUAGGGGCGAACUAGAGGGACUCAUACUCACGGGUAUUACACCUCGUGGAAUUGACCUUUUGCAAUCGUAUGUCGACAAGACUUCUGACGUUCAAACUGCGGCAUUGAUCGCUCAGUAUGCGGUUCCCAGGUACUUCAAAGAUGAGAGGGUCAACCAUUGGGUCGAUUGUUAUCGCAACUUGCUCAACUCAUGGGGAUUGUUCAAAACACGCGCAAAGUUUGAUGUGGCCCGGACCAGGUCUUCCAAAACUUAUGCUGGAAUGACGGUUGUAAAACCAACUCCUCGUCAAGUGUUUUUGCAGUGCGGUCGAUGUAAGAAGAACAUGGCUCUGCCUGCCAAAGGAAAGGGUCCAACGAACAAUUCAAUUUUGAUGCAAAAGUUUAACGCUAGAAACAAUCCUAAGGUUGUUCAUAGAGAUAUGAACUCUUGUCCACAUUGUGGAGUGGCUUUGCCCAGAUGUGCCAUUUGUCUUCUCUCGCUCGGAGCACCAAUGGCUGACUACGAUAUUGGCCUUUCGUCAAUGGCAAGCACAACUCAGAUCGAAAGCUUUAAGAACAAGUUCAGCUUCUGUUUGAGCUGUGGACAUGGAUACCACGCACAUCACGCCGAGGAGUGGUUUAGCAAACACUAUGUUUGCCCUGUUCCAGAUUGUGUUUGUCGCUGCAAUAGUAAGUGUGGCGGCUAA